CUCCCCUCCCCGAGGGCGAUAAACAGGAGCUGAGCCCUCUGACGACACUCGAGCGACUGGGACGCGACGCAACACACGCAAACAUGUCGACGGCGGCCGCGCUGCUCAGCGCCCUGCUCCUGGCGCUCUCGAGCGCUCUCCGUCCGAGCCACGCGAUCCCGCCUCACGACGAAGUGGCCAGAGUAGCGCGCUUCGUGGCCAACCAGUGCGACUGGGCGUCCGUGGCCACCAUCUCGACCCACGAGCCCGUGAAGGGGCAGCCCUUCUCCAACACCUUCUCCGUGAGCGACGGGCCCGUGGGCGGCGGCGGCGGGGUGCCCUACCUCUACCUGACCCGCAUGGAGAUAUCCGUGCAGGACCUGCAGGUGAACCCCCAGGCUUCUCUCUCCAUGUCUCUGGCCCAGACCGACUUCUGCAAGAAGCAGGGCUAUGACCCCCAGAGCCCUCUGUGUGCUCAUGUCAUCUUCUCAGGCUCCAUCCUGGAGGUGAAUGGCACAGAAGCAGAGGUAGCAAAGAAAGCGCUGUUUGGUCGACACCCAGAAAUGAUAGAUUGGCCUGCUGACCAUGAUUGGUUCUUUGCCAAGAUGAACAUCACUCAGGUGUGGGUGCUGGACUACUUUGGAGGGGUGAAAACUGUAACCCCAGAAGACUACUUCAAUGCCACACCAUAUAAGAGCCUUUUUUAAAGUGAGAUUGUUCCAUGUCUUUUCGGGGUUGGAAACCUUGGCAGGAAAGAGUCUAAAUGGCUUUUCGAUAUAUGGGAAUCAGAAGAAACUUGCUGUCUGCACUGCACACAUAUGAGUACUUUAUUAGAUUAGAACACACUAGAAGUGUGGUUCUCAUUGGGAAACCUCUUCGUUUCCCUUCCAAAUAUUAUGAGGAACAACUUUUGGGAAAAGCGUUUAAAUGCUUUUGUUGGAACUUUUUUUUAUGCAAAGUCCAGAACUGCAGUACGAUUGCGAGCGUUGGUGCGCUGCAUUGUGUGACGUGGCUCUCUUUGCAAUGAGCUAUGCAGUCAUCCUCCCUUUUGGAGCGCAGCGCCUUUUAUAGUUACAGCCCGGUACUUGUCAAGCAACAGACGGAAAGUGUCUUUCUCUUCUCUGAUUGCUGCCAGCUUGCUUUUCCUUGUCACACAGAAGAGUCUGUGCUCACAACUUAAUUCUCAUUUCCCAGCAGCGUGAUACUUGUUAGGGAUUCUCAUCAGGCACUUUGACAGAGCAGGCAUCUAAGGUACUCUGGGGUAUCCUGAGUUAAGUCUUUCUUUUUUUUUUUUUUUUUAAUAGUGGUUAUACUGUGGUGUAACUCCUCCCCAAUUUAAAAUAUACUAAAAGAGUCAGAUACUUGUGCUGUCUCCCACACCUGCCCAGUAGCAGACAGGGUGUAUGCUCCAUGAAUAUAUGCCCUUCCAAGCUAAUUUCUUUUUUAAAUCUUUGAAACUGGAUGAUUAGUGUAUCAACCAAAGAACAAACAGCACAAAUGGUGAUUUGGUAAACUCAAACUUCACCUUCCCAGCAGUUCAAAGCCUUUUCUGUUAUGCUGCUGUGCAGUGUCUGCUCACAGCGGAUGUGUGUCGUGUCAAAAUGCCUUUCUUGGCUAAGCCACUAGGGAGUCUCUUCACUUAACAUUUAAUAUUAAGCAUUAAGUUUAUUUCACACAGAAGAGUUUUAAAAUGUAAUGUUUGAGAAAGUGCACAGAAUACUCUGCAGAAACAAGCUUGUUCUGUUUGUAACUGGACUGAAUAGAGUUUGAAGACUUGGCUGUUUGGGAACCAUGUGUGAUUGACAAUUACUUUGUUGAUGUGUGGGACAAUUGCUAAAUGUAAAGACUCUCCCUCUUAUUCUGAUAAAAUUGAUCUUCCAGACUAACUAGAAGUGAGAUGACGGGGAUUUUGUUCCUUAAAGACCUGAUGAGCUUCAAGGAAUAUUAGUUUGACUCCUUUUAUUUGUAGCAUUUUGAUUAAGAGCAGUCACUGCUGUUACAUGACAAUGUCAGAAUAUUAAGUUUAUAUAUAACAGCCCAGUAAUGAUUUUGAGUAUAAGAUGUGAACGUGAAUAAUUGGGAAAUGAAUAAUUGAUGAGGACUUUACCAUCUAGAGUAAACUUCUUUUGGUCACAUAAUGAUUGAUACACCCUGUUCGGGUCUCUCUAUGUAUGGUUAGGUUCUUUUGCUGAAACCAUUACUUAUAUGUGAUCGUAGUCUCACUUUUCCAGGUACUUCAUGAUAAUAUAGCUCAUCUGAUCUCUCAUUAUGAUUAUCAGACUGUUUCCUCACUGUUUUCUUUUUUUUUUUUUUUCUCUCCCUUGUCAGUGUGAUUGCCUUGAGUGUAUAUGCUUUUUAUUGAUUGUAUAAUACUUCAACUCUGCUGCUAUCAUCAUUUCUUUGGCUUUUACACUACUGUCUCAAUAGUGGAUAUUUAGGAAGGAAAAGAACCAUUUCAAAAAAAUCUUUUUUUUUUUUUAAAUUUGUUUAUCAUGUGGUUUGGUUUUUAAUUACAGAUAUGAAAUGCCUAAAUAUUAUUACUCCUGCAACAGUCUAACAUAGCUAUUAUGUUUAAAUGCCUGUGAAACGUGUACAAAUAGCAAUGAUAUUUCACAGAUUUCUGCUCUCAGUAUGUCUUGAGAUGCUGGAAAAUUUUAUGCAGCUACUCGUGUGAUGAACAUUGGUUCAUAUGGUGGAAAGAAACUAACUGCACU